AUGAAAUACAUCUUCGCAAUCAUACUCUUAGUGUGCUUUCAAAAAUCGGUAUCGGGACUUGUAGAACAUCCGAGUGGUAAUUGGAGAACUGACAUACGUACUACGAAUGUUGGUCGUGUUAAAUAUGAAAAAGGUGAAGUAAACUUAUUUCAAAAUCAAGAGAAACCAACCAGUUUCUUCUUUACUCCAUUUCCCCUUGUUAAUCCAUCAAAUAGCAAAUGUCAUACAAAUAUUUUAAGUGGUUAUGUCGAAUUGAGUUUUGCAGUUGAACUUUACACUUCUCAAUUAACUGAAGCAGUGAACAAUUAUUUGAAAGAACAUUUUUCAACAUUAUGUAACAGUAAUAAAACAUGUCAUAUUUCAAUGCUUCCAAUGAACGUUAUUGGUCUCAUUCAAAAAGGUUUACGAGCAAAUAAAAUUCAAGAAAUGUACAAAAUCAAUCAAGAAUGGUUUCCAAAUACUGUUUUCUUACAAUCAAUCAAUUUUCCAAUAUAUACAAAAAAUGAAAGUAUAUGCGAACAUCUUCUUUCAUUUCUUGUUGAUGAUUGUUAUCUAUCGAAUUUCGAAAUACAUUAUUCUCUCCAACCGGAAAAGUUAGUCGAACGACAAAUUGAUAUAACAACUGAACAGAUUACUAGUACAGCAAUAUUCAAUCGAAUUCGAUCGCAAUUCUCUAUGUCCGAUACAGUUGUCAUCACCAAUGAUGAUUACAAACAACUUCUCAAUGAAAUUAUCGAUAAAAUUAAUAUAAAAAUACGUACACAAGAAGGCUUUGGUAGUUCAAUACAAGAUUUAACUGUUAUUGAAAGAUUACUUGAUCAACAAUUAUCAUUCAAACAGGUCCAUUUGAAUAAAACAGAUGAUAAAUUAUGGAAUUCACUCUAUUGGAAACACGAUUUCACUCGACCAGAUCGUUUAGCUAAAAUGAUCAGCACAAUCAUCUAUAAAAAUUCAACGAAUGCACAUUCUUUUCUUUAUGAUCAUCAAGCAGUUAGUAAAAAUAAUCACAAAAUCGGCUUGACUCAACAUGAUAUUGAUCGCAUCGAAGAACUUGAUAAACUAUUAACAACUCGUCCUACUCACGAAGGAAAAUACUAUGAAGAUGAACAACUCGACAAUGAUAUUAGUAGUAUUAACGCCAUAGUAGAAGAAUCUGAAUUUCAUCAUAAUACAUCGUACAUAUUAUCGCGUGCUGAUGUUAUUAAAUAUCUAAGUAAACUUUCUAAUGAUAUUCAUCUAGAAGGUGAAAUUAUUGUUCCUAAACCAAUCGAUCUUCAUCUCAUUAAAAUGAAUUCAAUGAAAGUUGAAAGAAAACUGUUCACACAUUCAGCUCUUAUUCGUACUCGAAGUGAUAUUCAUGUUCUACCUCUUCAAUGUCCAUUAAAUGAGAAAAUGAAAACUAAUACAAUGACUGAUCGAUAUCGUUGGCUUGAGAGUAGAGUUAUGAAUUUGACAACAUCGAAUCAAGAGCUUACGAAUCAAUCGUCUGAAUGUCAUCGAGAACGAGAACAACUUUUAAAACGAAUUGCUACUUUAGAACAAACAACACUGAAAGAACCGAAUAAAUUACAAACUACGAGCAAAUGGAAACCAAAAGGAAUUACAGUUGCUGGUGGUCAUGGUAGCGGAAAUCAAACAAAUCAACUCUUUUAUCCUUGUGGAUUUUUUCUUGAUGUUAAUGAAAAUCUUAUUAUUACGGAUUAUUGGAAUAAUCGUAUUGUCAAAUGGGAUUAUAAUACUACUGGUGGUGAAGUCAUUGCUGGUGGAGAUGAACGUGGAAAAAAUCGUGAUCAAUUGAAUAGUCCAAGAGAUGUUAUUGAUGAAAGACAAUAUAAUUCUUUCAUUAUUUGUGAUCGUGAUAAUCGAAGAGUUGUGCGAUGGUUUCAUAACAGUAAAGAACAUCAACAAAUUCUUAUAGAUGAUAUCGAUUGUUGGGGUUUAGCUAUGGAUAUGUCAGGUUCUAUUUAUGUUUCUGAUUGGAAAUCUAAUGUAGUAAAACGAUGGCGACAAGGAGAAUCAGAUAUGACUAUUGUUGCUGGUGGAAACGAUGCUGGAGAUCGAUAUGAUCAAUUGAAUUAUCCUACUUAUAUCUUUGUUGAUGAAGAGUAUUCUAUUUAUAUAGCAGAUAGUGAUAAUCAUCGUGUUAUGAAAUGGAGAAGUUAUGCAAAAGAAGGUGUUGUUGUUGCUGGCGGAAACGGAAAAGGAAAUAGUCUUAAUCAAUUAGUUAAUCCUCGAGGUAUAGUUGUUGAUCAUUUAGAUCAAAUCUAUAUAGCUGAUAUGCGUAAUCAUCGAAUUAUGCGUUGGCAAGAAGGUGAAAAAGAAGGUUCCAUUGUUGUUGGUGGUUAUGGUCCAGGACAUGAAUCAUAUCAAUUACAUCAUCCAACUGCUUUAGCAUUUGAUUAUGAAGAAAAUCUUUAUGUUGCUGAUUGGGACAAUCAUCGAAUACAAAAAUAUGAACAGAAUUCUAAUUGA